AUGAACUCGACGAAGCCAUCCACAGCAGAGACGCCUGUUGCCGAGCAGAAGAGAGGCACAAAGCACAAGUUGACGCCUGGUAAGGGAGGCACCCCUUCGAAGAAGCAGAAGAAGGUCCAUAACAGCGUCCUCAACUCAGUUCGAUCACGUCACUUGAAGAAGUUCGACGGCCAACCGUUUUGGCGUAAGGACAUUCAGUACUCGUUGCUGAAAUCGCUGUUCGACAACGAUAUAAAGGCCUUCACAGAUCCAUUCCCUGAUUCAGAUGAAAAUGUUUCUAUGGAUGAUAGGGAAUUGGAUCCCAGGGGCAGGUUGAGCUUUGCAGAACUGUACAUUAAGAGUAUUGCACAUAGCUCGAAAUGCUCGAAGGUGUUGAAAGACAGGCUGCUGAACGAUAUGAAGAUGAGUAUUCCAACGUGUAUGAUUUGUCUGCUGGUGAACGUUGGAAGAAUGAACACUACGAUCAACUUUGUUCCUGAUAUGAAGUCACAGCUGAGAACUUAUCAUCCAAUCCCUUCCUUACAGUCCAAUGACAAGCAGUUACAGGACACUCCACGUUUGAAAUCCAUAUUGAAGGCUUGCUGUGAUGAUUCUCAUGAACCUUCCACGUUAGAUGCAUUGAUGAAACGGAAGGCUUUGCCCCUGACAACGUGUGUCAACAUGAUCUUUGUGCUUUGCAACUACGAAGAUUUGGUCCAGAGCGAGUUCUUCGAAGAUGUCAAUUACAAUUUCUACGAUAUCUUUAUGAAUGCGUCCUACAAUCCACGAAGCAGAGCAGACUUGUUCCUAUGGCUGUUGUGGAACUAUUUGGAAUCACAUAGAACUCCAGAGGAGAUUUCAAAAAACCCAUUCGGAUCUGAAAAGCCUUUACUGAAACCGGCUGUGAUGGAAUUUGACGUUGACACACCAUUGGAGAAAGAAUUCGGUGAGAAGUUAUACGAACAGAGAAUCAAGUAUUUAUCAGAG